UGGUGGGGCAUAUGUUAUCGCAUACUUAAUUAGAAUUGACAUUAUUGUGGUUGUAUAUUGAAAAUAACUCGUGUGGUCAUUGAAUUAUUAAUUAUAAUGUUAAUAAAAAUAGCGAUUUUAGUAUUCCAGUUUUAUAUAGUGCAUUCCUGGCGAAAAUGUGACGACUGUAUUAUGAACUUGGCGUGUCCAGGGGCAUAUAAUAUUACAAGUUUUUUUAAGACGCCAGACUCUCUUCUUCAAUUGUAUCAAGGUAUUUGCGGCUUUGAUGGCACAGCUCCAAUGGUAUGCUGUUCUGAUUUCGCAUCACCAGAGAUACAUAGCAGAAUGAAUCAUGAAACAGACGUUGAUACAUUAUUUUACGAGAACGAGAGUAAUGACUUACUGCCGACCAUGUGUGGAAUUUCCUCCUACGCCGAGGACCGGAUUUACGGAGGAAAAUCUGCUGAGUUACACGAGUUUCCUUGGAUGGCGCUUAUAUCUACUUUUAUAGAUUCCGCUGGAAACAAGCAGUUCACGUGUGGUGGGACCAUUAUUAAUUCAAAGUACAUCUUAACAGCGGCCCACUGUGUGGUCGGAAAGAAAUUAGCUGGUGUGAGGGUAGGAGAACAUAAAAUAGGAGCGGAAGACUGCACUUUAGACAAGAGUAUUUGUGAAGACUUUGUUCAGAAUUUCUACAUAGAAACAUAUAUUCCUCAUGAGAGGUAUUUAUCAAACGGGGAGAAAAAUAGGCCAUCGUUCGAUAUAGCGUUGAUACGACUAGAGGGAGAGAUCGAUUUCAGUCCAGACAACGUUGUGCCAAUAUGUCUACCUCUGCAUAAAGAAUUUCGCGAAAGUAAUUUAUUGGGUGAGGAAGCAGUUGUCGCGGGAUGGGGAGCUAUCGAGACAGGAACGCAAUCAACUGAAUUGCUUAAAGUGAAAAUUAAGAUACAUAAUGACGCUUCAUGCCAAGGUAUCAAUAACACUAUAUGCGCUGGCACUCGCGGCAGAGAUUCUUGCAAAGCAGACUCCGGCGGGCCUCUCAUGAUUCGACACCCUGAGAGCUACCGAUAUGUUCAAUAUGGUAUUGUGUCGUUUGGAAACACUGAUUGUGGGACCGGCUCGGCAGUCUACACAGAUGUUAGAAAGUACAUAGACUGGAUAUUGGACAACAUGGAGGAAUAAUAUAGCACGAAAUCAUGGAAAAUCAGGAAUUCCCCAGUUCACCAGUAUAAUAUGACCACAAGAACUGUAUAAUGAGAGAUAUUAUAACUAAUUAACGUUUGUUUCUAAAUAAGAAUAAAGUUUAAUUUAAAAAAACACUUUCUACUAAGUACUUUUUUGUUAUGAUCGUAAAUCCAGUAAAAGAGAUUUAAAAGUUUAUUAAAUGUUCAAACGCACUUCAGGAAUCCUGAUUUGAUAGGAAAAUCAAGAAUUCGGUCUAUUUAUAACUACUAUAUUAUUUUCCUUAUAUAAUGAGUUAAUUAAUUAAUUUGAAAGCAUUGAGUGGGGUCCACUAGUUUUAUACUUAUAUAUAUUGACAUUUUCUUUAUUAUUUAUAUUAUAUAUAUAUCUCUUGGUUGUUUUAAGUAUCUAUUGUCAUCCCUUAAAUUUAUUCUUAAAUAAAUUGAGAAUCAUUAGAAAUAUAUUCUUUGACAUGUUUAUAUAGUCUUACUUAUGUUAUUAAUAAAUUGAGUACAGUUUUUGUCUUA